CGCAGGGAGCAGCCGGGGAGAGAGCACCUCCACUCCGUGUGAGCAGAGUGGAAAUGUCCGCAAGUUUUGGAAUUUAAAAAGCAAACAUCAUGGCGAGGAUACGCGUCCUGAGGAUCACCUGAAUCUGGCUCCCACCUCACGCCUCUGGAUGAUGUUCCUGAUGACGGCUUGCAACUCUGAAAACAGGACCACGCAAUAAUAGUUGUUUCCCUUUCCCUUAUCCUUUUCUCUCUUUAAAACGAUCCCCCCUAUUCCUUGAUAAUAGUGCUGAGAAGAAAGAAAAUCCUGACUUGGGACUCGGACAGAGUGUGUACUCCUCCUCCUCCUCUCUUUCUCCUUCCCCACCCUCCUAAGCCUUGCCUCUAAACAGCCGAGAUAUGUGUCCCCUAGCCCGGUCAGUGGCUUCCCCUGGUCCAGGGUUUCUCCUCUUGGGGCUUUUGCUUAUCAUGAGCUCUUCUUUCUGUGGAGGCCAACCCCCACCCUUCAAACGAUUUGCCCCUGCUGAAUGGGGGCUCACUCAUCUGGCCAUACACAACACAACUGGAGAAGUGUAUGUGGGAGCUGUCAAUUGGAUCUUCAAGCUGUCAAGCAACCUGACCAAACUGCGCAACCACAUGACUGGCCCAGUGGUGGACAAUGAGAAGUGCUACCCUCCGCCCAGUGUCCAGUCCUGCCCACAUGACUUGGCCCAGACUCCAAAUGUGAAUAAACUUCUUCUCAUAGACUACGCACAGAAUCGCCUCAUUGCCUGUGGAAGCACCUCACAGGGCAUCUGCCAGUUUCUACGUCUGGAUGAUCUUUUUAAGCUCGGUGAGCCCCACCAUCGCAAGGAGCACUACCUCUCCAGUGUGGCAGAGUCUGGUACCAUGUCUGGGGUGAUCAUAAGUUCCCCCCACAGUCUUACCAGUAAGCUGUUUAUUGGAACCCCCAUUGAUGGCAAGUCUGAAUACUUUCCAACUCUGUCCAGCCGCAAACUGAUGGAGAAUGAAGAAAAUGCUGACAUGUUCAGCUUUGUGUACCAGGAUGAGUUUGUCUCCUCCCAGCUGAAGAUCCCCUCGGACACUCUGUCCAAGUUCCCUGCUUUCGACAUCUAUUAUGUGUACAGCUUCAGCAGUGAGCAGUUUGUCUAUUAUCUGACAAUGCAGCUGGAUACCCAACUGACUUCGCCCGAUGCCAGCGGAGAGCAGUUCUUUACCUCCAAAAUUGUCCGCCUCUGCGUGGAUGACCCCAAGUUUUACUCCUAUGUCGAGUUUCCCAUUGGCUGCACUAAAGAUGGGGUAGAGUACCGUCUGGUGCAGGAUGCCUUCUUGGCUCGACCAGGCCGGCAGCUGGCUAACUCUCUGGGGAUCUCUGAGAAUGAAGACAUCCUCUUCACAGUCUUCUCUCAGGGUCAGAAGAAUCGAGCUAAACCACCUAAAGAGUCAGCAUUGUGUCUGUUCACCCUAAGGAGGAUAAAGGAGAAGAUCAAAGAAAGGAUUCAGUCCUGUUACAAGGGAGACGGGAAACUCUCCUUACCCUGGCUGCUCAACAAGGAACUCGCCUGCAUCAACUCGCCUCUACAGAUAGACGACAACUUCUGUGGCCAGGACUUCAACCAGCCUCUGGGAGGAACCAGCACCAUCGAGGGCACCCCCCUCUUCAUCGACAAGGACGAUGGGAUGACCUCGGUGGCGGCGUACGACUACCGUGGAAACACUGUGGCCUUUGUCGGCACACGCAAUGGCAAACUGAAGAAGAUUCUGGUUAAUUCUGUGAGUCCCAACCGUCCAGCAGUGCUGUAUGAGAAGGUGACUGUAAGUGAGGGAGGAAGCCCCUUACUGAGAGACAUGCUGUUCAGCCCGGACCUGCAGCACAUCUACACUCUGACUGACAGACAGGUGGUGAGAGUUCCAGUGGAGAGCUGCGAGCAGUACACCACUUGCGGGGAGUGUUUGGGCUCCAGAGACCCUCACUGUGGAUGGUGUGUCCUCCACAAUGUAUGUUCGCGCAAGGACCGUUGUGAACGAGCAGGAGAGCCCCAGAGGUUUGCUUCAGACCAGAGGCAGUGUGUGGAUCUCACUGUUCAGCCUGGAAACAUUUCAGUCACCAUGUCUGAAGUCCAGCUGGUCCUCCAGGCUCGUAACGUGCCCGAUCUGUCAGCAGGGGUCAACUGCUCCUUCGAGGACUACGUGGAGACAGAGGGACGGAUCCAGGAUGGACACAUCUUCUGCCUAUCUCCCUCCGUCCGGGACAUCAUCCCGAUCACACGGAACAAAGGUGACAAGCGGGUGGUGAAGCUCUAUCUGAAAUCCAAAGAGACGGGCAAGAAGUUCGCUAGUGUCGACUUUGUCUUCUACAACUGCAGCGUCCACCAGUCCUGCCUUUCCUGUGUCAAUGGCUCCUUCCCCUGCCACUGGUGCAAGUACCGCCAUAUGUGCACCCAGAAUGCCAAUGACUGCUCUUUCCAGGAGGGACGUGUCAACAUCUCUGAGGACUGCCCUCAGAUCCUUCCCUCAACCCAGAUCUACAUCCCCGUCGGGGUGACCAAGCCCAUCACCUUAGCGGCCAAGAACCUGCCGCAGCCCCAGUCGGGACAGAGGAACUAUGAGUGCGUCUUCCACAUUCAGGGGGAGACUCACAGUGUCCCCGCUCUGCGCUUCAACAGCUCGUCCAUCCAGUGUCAGAAAACAGCGUAUUCCUAUGAGGGAAAUGACAUCAGUGACCUGCCAGUGGACCUGUCUGUGGUGUGGAAUGGAAAUUUUGUCAUUGACAACCCCUACAACAUUCAAGCCCACCUGUAUAAGUGCUACGCACUGAGGGACAGCUGUGGGAUGUGUUUGAAGGCAAACCCCAGGUUUGAGUGCGGCUGGUGCGUACAGGAGAAGAAGUGCUCCCUGAGACAGGAGUGUGCUCCUCCAGAGACCACUUGGAUGCAUGCCACCACAGGAAACAGCCGCUGUGCACACCCCAAGAUCAUCAAGUUGCAGCCAGAGACGGGGCCCAGACAGGGAGGAACCAUGCUGACGAUCUCCGGCGAAAACCUGGGUCUGCAGUUCAAAGACAUCCAGAAUGGAGUCCGAAUCGGAAAGGUGACCUGCAACCCCCAGGAGGACCAGUACAUCAGCGCUGAACAGAUUGUGUGUCGGCUCAAUGAUGCAACAGGUUACAGGGUGCAGGAGGCUCAGGUGGAGGUGUGUGUGAGGGACUGCAUUCACCCUGACUACAAAGCAAUCUCAACCAAAGCCUUCACCUUUGUGUCUCCGUACUUUACCCGUGUCCAACCUUCCACUGGCCCGCUGUCUGGAGGAACCAGGAUCACCAUUGAAGGCAGUCAUCUCAAUGCAGGGAGUGCUGUAGCUGUGAAGAUAGGACUUCACCCCUGUUUGUUCGAGAGGCGGGGUAAUAAGGAGAUAGUGUGUGUGACCCCGGCGGGACAAAAUUCAGGAACCACCCCAGUCAUGGUGGACAUCAACGCUGCUGAGCUGAGGAACCCAGAGGUCAAGUUCAACUACACAGACGAUCCGACCAUCCUCAAGAUCGAGCCUGAUUGGAGUAUCGCCAGCGGAGGAACCAUGUUGACCAUUACUGGGACCAAUCUGGCAACUAUCAAGGAGCCGAGGAUGAGAGCCAAGUACGGAUCUGCCAAGUCAGAAAAUAACUGUACGGUGGUCAACAACACCGUGAUGGUGUGUCUGGCGCCCUCUGUGGCCGGAUCUGACAAAGGCUUCUUGGACGCAGGCAGCAGUCCUGAUGAGAUCGGCUUUGUCAUGGAUGAUGUGCGCUCUGUGCUGGUGGUAAACGAGACUUUCAGCUACCACCCAGACCCCGUAUUUGAACCCCUGAGCCCCUCAGGCAUGCUAGAGCUGAAGCCCAGCUCGCCGCUCAUACUCAAGGGCCGUAACCUAAUUCCUGCAGCCCCAGGAAACGCUAAGCUGAACUACACGGUGCUGAUCGGGGAGACACCCUGCAUUCUCACCCUAUCGGAGAGCCAGCUGUUGUGUGAAUGGCCUAACCUGACCGGAGAACACAAAGUCACUGUGCGUGUUGGAGGCUUUGAAUACUCCCCGGGGACCCUGCAGAUCUACUCAGACAGCCUGCUCACCCUGCCUGCCAUCAUCGGUAUUGGCGGAGGUGGUGGCCUUCUCCUGCUUGUCAUCAUAGUGGUGCUGAUUGCCUACAAGCGAAAGUCUAGAGAUGCUGACCGCACCCUCAAGCGGCUUCAACUGCAGAUGGACAACCUGGAGUCCAGGGUGGCCCUCGAGUGCAAAGAAGCCUUCGCAGAGCUGCAGACGGACAUCCACGAACUCACCCAGGAGCUGGACGGAGCUGGAAUCCCUUUCCUGGAAUAUCGCACCUACGCCAUGAGGGUCCUCUUCCCUGGGAUUGAGGACCAUCCUGUGCUCAAGGAGAUGGAGGUACGGGUCCCCGCCAACGUGGAGAAGGCUCUGACAUUGUUUGGCCAGCUGCUGACCAAAAAGCACUUCUUGCUUACCUUCAUCCGCACUCUGGAGGCACAGCGGUCCUUCUCCAUGCGAGACAGAGGGAAUGUGGCCUCCCUCAUCAUGACAGCGCUGCAGGGGGAGAUGGAGUACGCCACGGGUGUCCUCAAGCAGCUCCUGUCUGACCUCAUUGACAAAAACUUGGAGAGCAAGAACCACCCCAAGCUCUUACUCAGGAGGACGGAGUCAGUCGCUGAGAAGAUGCUCACCAACUGGUUCACCUUCCUGCUUUACAAGUUCCUCAAGGAGUGUGCCGGUGAGCCUCUCUUCAUGCUUUACUGUGCCAUGAAGCAGCAGAUGGAAAAGGGACCAAUAGACGCCAUCACAGGAGAGGCCCGCUACUCCCUCAGCGAGGACAAGCUCAUCAGACAGCAGAUUGACUACAAGACUUUGACGCUGCACUGUGUGAACCCAGAGAAUGAAAAUGCUCCAGAGGUGACGGUGAAGAGUCUGAACUGUGACACAGUGAUGCAGGUGAAAGAGAAGCUGCUGGACGCUGUGUACAAGGGAACGCCGUACUCCCAGAGACCGAAGGCUUCAGACAUGGACCUGGAAUGGCGGCAGGGCAGGAUGGCUCGCAUCAUCCUUCAGGACGAGGAUGUCACCACGAAGAUCGACAAUGACUGGAAGAGACUCAACACCCUGGCUCACUACCAGGUGACAGAUGGCUCGAUUAUUGCCCUGGUGCCUAAACAGAACUCAGCCUACAACAUCUCCAACUCAUCCACAUUCACCAAGUCCCUCAGCAGAUACGAGAGCAUGCUGAGGACGGCCAGCAGUCCAGACAGCUUGCGCUCCCGAACCCCCAUGAUCACCCCCGACCUCGAGAGCGGCACCAAACUGUGGCAUCUGGUCAAGAACCAUGACCACUCGGAUCAGAGGGAAGGAGACAGAGGGAGCAAGAUGGUCUCUGAGAUCUACCUGACAAGACUGCUGGCCACCAAGGGUACGCUCCAGAAGUUUGUGGAUGACCUGUUUGAGACCAUCUUCAGCACAGCACACAGAGGCAGCGCUCUGCCUCUCGCCAUCAAGUACAUGUUUGACUUCCUGGAUGAGCAGGCAGACAAACACUCCAUAUCAGACUCUGAUGUGCGGCACACUUGGAAGAGCAACUGUCUUCCGCUGCGGUUCUGGGUGAAUGUGAUCAAGAACCCGCAGUUCGUCUUUGACAUCCACAAGAACAGCAUCACAGACGCCUGCUUAUCUGUGGUGGCUCAGACCUUCAUGGACUCAUGUUCAACCUCAGAGCAUAAACUCGGGAAGGACUCGCCUUCCAACAAGCUGCUCUACGCUAAAGACAUCCCCAACUACAAGAACUGGGUGGAAAGGUACUACUCUGACAUCUCGAGGAUGCCAGCCAUCAGCGACCAGGACAUGAGUGCCUACCUGGCAGAGCAGUCGCGCCUGCAUGUCAACCAGUUCAACAGCAUGUCGGCCCUACAUGAGAUAUACUCCUACAUCGUCAAAUACAAGGACGAGAUCUUGUCGGCUUUGGAGCGGGACGAGCAGGCGAGGAGACAGAGACUGAGGAGCAAGCUGGAGCAAGUCAUCGACACAAUGGCGCUGAGCAGCUGAGGACCAUCCAGCGCCUCCAUCUUCUCCUUCUCUUCACUCCUCGUCUCCAUCUGUCUCUCUCCCUCGCUCCUCUCACCCAGAAAAACAAACAAAACUCCAACCCCCAACAAUACAGACAAACUGCAAACGGACUGAAGCAGUAUACUGCAACCUGGGGGGGGUUCGGCAGAGAUGGGCGGGCCUGUGUACGCUUACAUGUGUAUGUGUGUGUUUGUGUGCGGCCCCAUACGGUGAGACUGGGACACCGGACACUUUCACACAUGCAUACGUGAAGAAACAUGUCAACUGACAGCAUUUGAUUAUUGUGGAUGUUGGUGUCUGUGGUUUGCUUGAUUUUGAUUUCAAGACUUUUGUGGUGACAAAGCGAUGGUCAGGAAAGAAACAAUGGAAGCCCGGAAAGGAACUCCAUAUAUGGUGUCAUCAUUAGCAGGAUGGACCAAUCAGUGAUGAGCCUAUGGACAGAGGCUCUCUAGGUCAUGUGACUCCAACGGGUGUCACAGAUGUUUUUGAUUUUUUUUUGUUUUUUGUAUAAAUGUAAUCAACUGCCCACUCUCUGAUCUCUCGCCACUUGUAUUACUGCUGAAUUUGCACAAUUUACAGAAACGUUACAAAGGAAGACUAUAUAGAUAUUAUAUAUAAAUACAGCUACGUUUUUAAAGACAGACUAGGGAGCAAACAUUUUUGUUGUUUUCCUUUUCAUUUUAAAAUGAACAAUAAAAAUACAUCAAUGAAACAUGAUUUGGUAUUUCAAGUACAAAAACAAAAGAACGUAGACAAAAAAAGAAAAAGAAACAAAAAAGUUGUACUGUGCCAUGUUUUCUUUGAAUGUUGUUUAGUGCAAAGACAUUUUGUUAGAUGGAAUGUGCUACCGUAUGAUUUUAAAUAUGAACAUGCCUAGUGACUGAAAAGAAUUGUUUGAGUAAUGACCCCAUUUUUAGAUCCUCGAUGAAAUUAGCGGGAAGCAAGACGACGCGCGUUGUCGGUCUUCUCGAGUUCAGACGAUUCAUGGUGUCACGGUGAAAAACAUGAAGUUGCUGUUCCUAAUUCGAUUGGUGCAAUCUUUCUGGUUUCAGAAAACCAAAUAUUUACUCGCAGGAUUGUUGCUUUAUCGUGAUCGCGUUAGUGUCUGGUUCCACGGCUGGUUCUUCUCCUCAAGGGUCGAGCAGAAGGGACAGUUCAGUGCUUCACAGUGUUGUGACUGAACAAUGAAGUAGCUCCGUUGCACUACAGGAAAUAUUCCCAUUCGCCCCGUUUAGCACGUAGCCGACAGAUCUAACCGCGAGGAUUCCACCCGUGCAGAGUUUGUGUUUCCCAUCUCUUGAAGGAUCAUUCAUUUUCUGACGCGGCCCCGUGAGAGCGAGGCCGGGGUCUCUGCGCUCUCAGAUUCUGUUUACGUCUUUGCAGGAGCCAGGCUGAGGUCAGGCGGAGCUUAGUGGAGCCUCUCAGUGAUGAAACAAAGUGGGAAAAGCUGUUUCAAGCCUAAAGCCUCUGUUGUUUUUUUUAACUUUCUAAAUGUUAAUACCCAAAUAAAGGGGCAGGGAAAAGGUCUAGUGAGCGUCUCUCUCCACCUCUGACCUAUCUAUUUGAGACAGGGAUUAUUGCUCUUUAUCCAUAAGGGGAGGACUGAGGAACAAUGCAGAGGUGAGACACCUCCGUUCAUUAGCUACACGAGGAUGAGUAAUCCUCCACUUAGCCUCCAGCUCCUGUUUCAGAACUAGCCUAUUGCCAUGUGUGGCUUAAGCUUUUUUUUUUAUUACUGAUCUCCUAAGAGGAUUUCUUUGUUUCUUUUUUUUUUUUUUUUUAAGUCUUGAAGUCAUGGUUUUUAAAUUUGUGGUGAGAAAUAAUGUUUUCUGAUUAUUUUAUUUUUCUGCUUGCGAAAAACCAAACUGUGGUCUGUAAAUUGUUUUUGUUGAUGUUUUCAUUUGUAAAUUGUAAACUUUUCAUGAUGAACAAAAGCUGUUUGCCAUUCUUUUGUAAUCAGAUUGUUUUUGUUUGUUUUGUUUUUAUUUUCCACAUGUAAAUUGUACAUUUUACGGUACACAGAAGACAAAAUUCUCCUUUGGUUUGCCUGAAAGUUUAAGUACUUGACCGAACUCGAGGUUUAAUUUCCUGAUCUCAAGGAUCAAAAUGAAAUAGUUGCAUCAGAUGAGCGUGUGUGUCUUUGUGAUGGAAACGUGACUUGCUGCUUUAACUCUUGUACCUUGUUUUUCUAUCAGAUUUUAGGGCUGUUAUUUUAUGCUGAUCAGAAAUGCUGUCGCUGUCCAUCUUUACGCCAGGUUCCUCAGAAAGAAAGAAAAAAAAAAACAAUCUCCUGUUACAUCUGAGAAUAGUGAGCACACCUCCCGAAUUACUGUCAGAUAUGAGAUGUGACUUUGUGCAGCCGACAACAGCCGACUUCAACUGGAUACGUCAGGACUUGAUCAUGAAAACCAGUUUUGAGGCACCACUCUGCCCAGGUUAAGAGAGAAGACUAUUUUUCAGCCGAACGUGUUGCAAAACCUCCACCUCCAUAAGCUCAGCCCGCUGUACAAACAGUUUAAACAUGUUGUUUCCUUCUGACCUUUUGCUGUACGUGCACACUUUGGUGCUCUAAUCGUAUCACGUGGACAGGAAAUAGACGACUGCUGCUCCCAGAGCUCAGCCGUGCUGUUAGAAUGAGUUCAGUGUAUAGUGAGAAAAAAAUCCACCGCUCGCUCCCUGCAGCAACUGACUGAGGCCGCAGGGUCCAGCUGGUGAUGUGUCCGACUUUAUAGACAUUCUCAGUUCAUUCUCAGGUUCAUGCUCCAUGUGGGUUGUAAUUUGGUCUCAUCUUUAGAGAAGCUUCCCUUCUCUGUGCUUCAUCCUGCGCUGUCCAUUGUGAUAACUGACUUGUAUCUAGUGUUAUUGAGGUGGUUUAGUCGCACUGAGUUGCAGGUUUUUUGCUGUUUUUCUGUCAAAUCAGAGCAAAUUAACAAGUGGAGUUCACUGCUCUGCCUCCAGUCUGAGCUCAGUCAGCACACAGCCAUGCAUCUCAUGUUUAAUUCUCAGCUCUUCAGACAUGCUAAGUCACACUUAUGCCUUUCCAAACCCUGGUGGAAUCAAAUGCAAAGUCUUGGCAUCUUUCUGUUUUCAGUUUUUUUCCCCCUGCUGUUCUCCAAUUCUGGAAACGUGGUGGUUGGUCUUUUUUUUUUCCAACAUGGAAGUUGCAUAGGCUCCUUGGAAACGCAAAGCAAGUGACUUUCAGACUGAGUCGGCAAAAGGAAUUUUAAUACUACAGACUUCAGACUUGAAGCGACUGUCACAAGUUUGCAGGUUAACAUUCAUUGUGUAAAUAUUCUGUUAUUUCCUAUUUUGCAGAUUUACUACUUGUAAAUAAACACGCAUCAAGGAGAGAUUAAACAUUUUUUGCUAAAUAAAA